AUGCACGCAUUUAUUAACGCGUGCGCAAGGUUUGUUAUUAAAAAAUCCAAGAUGGCGGGGGACGGAGACCGGGAGAUGGUGCUCGCAAACUUUCAGGUAAAUCUACGAUUUUCGUGUAUUCUUUGCCUUUUCCUUUGCAAAACAGUUCUUCUAUUAAUUCUUAUUCAGAGUAUAACGGGGAUCGAGAACCUAGAUGAAUGUAUAACACUCCUGGAUCAUCAUAACUGGGAUUUAAUGGUAGGAAGUGCUUUCUCCCUUCUCAGCUUGUUUAUCUACAUACAGUUCACUUUGAUUGAUAUUUCCACUGUCUUAAAAUUUCCUUUCCCAGGCUUGUGUGAAUUCAGUCCUUGCAGACCAGACGGAUUCUCCCUUACGGUAAAAGUUUCAAUACAGCACUGAGAGAGAGAAACAAAUGAAUAAUUAUUUUCUCAAUUUUUGUGUAUCAAGCAGAAAUGUUAUGAACUAUGACGUUAUCUUCACGUUUCAAACUUACAUUUUUGUCUUCUCUCUUGAUCUAAAGCUGAUUAGUAUUUUAAAGCCAUAAUAACUUCAAAUUUAAAAAGAAAUGCAGUUUAAGUGCAUGGUACAAUUCUAACUAAUUGUACUAUCGUGACGGUAUCAAGGCUUUUAAUCAUAAUUUAAGCUUAUAAUAAAUAACGCACACGACACAAAGUUUAGAGCUUAAACAGACAAUUAUCAACUGUCACAGAAUAUCAAAGAACAAUCAGUAUUAUGCAUGGGAUAAGCCAUUUGCCUAGAACUCUAAACCUAUUUCAUCCAUGGUAUAUCUUUUUAGUUAAUUAUGCACUGCCAUAACUUCUAUUAAUAGAGAUUGGCUAAAUGCAGAAUUUUGUUUGGAAACACAAUUCAAGAAAAUUUCCAGAUUGCAGUCUCAAAAAUGUCAUGAUGUCUUAUGCCUAUAAAAGCCACGGGAAAGCCAACAUCAGGAUGCUUUCUCCUCUGUCGAACAUGAUUAUUUGUGUGUUUAGUAACAACAUGAUUUCAGCAUUUUUUCAAACUCACUUUUCUGUAUAUUGUAUCUGUGUUUAGCAUGCCUGAGGCUCCAGCCAUGGAAGAACAUUAUCCCGCUUCAGAUCAGCCCUCAGUUUCUGUUGGUGAAGUCGUCGGAAGAUCAAUCCCUGUGCAGCAGCCCUUAAGAAGAGUAAAAUUUUUAGUUGAGUGGAGGGAUCAGACAAUUCCUAUUGUGUUGGAAGACAGUGAAACAAUAGGUAAUUUAUUAUGACAGCAGACUCCCCCUGGCCCCCCACCCAACCUAAUAAUUGGUAUCAGAAUAAUUAAUAUCAUAUACACAUAGUUACAUACACUGUUUCAGAGAUUCCAACCCUCCCGAUUUGAUGUCUUGCCUCCUGCUCUCCCGAUUUAUUAUAAAAUUCUGAAAACUAGGGAAAAAUUGCUAAUCUUUAGAAUUUUUGGCGAUCUGUCAACGUGAAACACUCAUAUUAUACUUACUUUCUUCGCGAAGAGCAUUAUGGUAUGUUAUAACUCAGGCCGGAAUGAUGUCAAAAUUCAGGAAAUGGCACUUGAGUGAACCUAAAUUUGCAAAAUUUCCCAGGGGGGGCAUGCCCCCGGACCCCCCUAAAAGCUCACGCCUUCGGCGCUAAUAAUUACUCCCUAUUUUCAAUCACAUGGGGUUGGAAUCUCUGCAGUUUACAGAUAGCCAUUACUACACCUGAAGGAGGAUCAUGAUGUUAUCCUUAUUAAGAUCACAUUAAGUUCUCUCCUUAAAGAUAACCCAUCCAGCACAGGAAAGGUUGGCCACACUAGCGGAACAGUGGGUUCGGUUCUUUUACAGCCCCCCCCCCACAAGAACAAGAUAAGUGAAAGUGCUGUGAGAAGGGACCUAAGGUUUUUCAUCCUUGUCUGAGUUUUAGCAAAGUCAGAAACACACUGUACUGGAAGGUUUUUUUCUUGUUGUCAAGGUUAAAAUUAAUUAUCAGAGUAUUUUUUUGUCGUGAAUAUUCAGGAACAAUCAAAAGAAUGCUGGAGAUGCAACUCGGGAUACCAGUGGACCAGCAAAGCCUUCUGGGAUGGGCAAGCAAUUUACAGCUAAGUGAUGAUGUAAGAUGAUUUUCAAUUUCUGUAAACUGGCAGGUUUCUCAGGAACAUGAGAGACCUUCACAUUAACAUUAUUAAACUAUGAGCAUGAAUAUUGAAAAGCUUUAUCUAUGUUGUAUUAUUGGUAUACAUAUAAUAGUGUCUGUUAUCAACAGAAACAGAGAAUCUGGCUUGGUUAUAGCAAACAGCAUGGUGAUCUUGUCCCAUUAACCCUUUUAGUCCCAAUAGUGACCAAGAUCAAUUUUCUCCUAUCAAUAUCCAUACAUUGUCAACAGAUAAGUUAUGAGAAUUAAUAAAAUGAUCACCUAAGUAAAAAUACCUUGAUCUUUUAACAAAUUCUCUUAACUAAUUCUUUAAGGAAAUGUAUAGAGAUCAGUUUGGAGAAUUUGUAUGUAGAUACUGGGGCAUAAAGGGUUAAUUAUUGAGGGGAGAAUAAUAGAUGAAAAAGAGGCCACCUAAAAGACUUUGUCGGGGAAUGCUGGGGAGAGUGAAGGAUUGUGACCCUUACAUAGCAGUCAAGAGGCACGCCUUAGAUUAGGAACUACAAGUAAUAAUGAAGGGCCUGCCUGUGGGCAGAACACACACUCACAUACACAUAAUAGUGUAAUUUUUCCUUGGCAGAGUGUACUGAGGUCUUUAAACUUAAGAGAGGAAACAGCCUUGGUCUUAACUAGUCGCAAGGUUACAGAGACGCCCAAGGAUAGCCAGCCUUGCUCAGUAAGAGAAACCAUGAAUGGUGAAACAAGGUAUGCACAUGUACCAGUAUAAACACCAAAAAUCAAAUAAAAAAUGUUUUAAAUAUUCAUUUGCCAUAACAUGAAAACAACUGAUAUUAUUUUUUUGUCUUUUCAGCUCAUCUGCAAAAAGUAGCAAUUCUCUAGAAAAGAUCAUGUUAUAUAUUCAAGUUGGCAGCAGAAAGUACAAUCUUCCCUAUGCACUAACUAAAACAAUAGGAGAGGUAGGACAUCAACUUCUUUUCGUUGAUGUGCUCGCAACCAGCUGAUCAAUGAAUUUACAUGUACAGUCAACUCCCAAUGACUCAAACCCUCACUAACUCGAACCUCGCACUAACUUGAACCAAAAUCGAUUUCCCUUGGAUUUCCUUCUUUCAUUUACUGUAAUUUUGCCCUCAGUAACUUGAACCUCCUGCUAGCUCAACGUAAUUUUUGUUUCCCUUAACCCUUUAAGUCCCAAUAGUGUUCAACAUCAAUUUUCUCCUAACAAUAUCCAUACACAGUCAAGAGAUAAAGUUAUGAGAAUUAAUAAAAUGAUCACCUAAGAGAAAAUUCCAUGAUCUUUUAUCAAAUUCUCUCAACUAAUUCUUAAAGUAGAUGUAUGGAGAUCAGUUUGGAGAAUUUGUAUGUGGAUACUGGGGCUUAAAGGGUUAAGACUAUUUCUAUACAAUUUUAUCCUCAAUAACUCAAACCAUGUUUUAAGCACAUGAAAAUUUGAAAAAAAUGCUGUGAAUUGUAGCCCAUUCCAGGCCUUGUGUUCCUGGGGACGUUGCAAAGAGAUGUGAGCAGAAAACGCCUGGAACAGGUGAAGUGAAUUGCAGUCCAGAACCUUGAAUUUCUCUCAAAACAAUCAUGUUUUCUUUCUCUUUAAGAUUUUUUACCUUUUGUCUGUCCAAUUCAAAUACAAUGUUUAGCGCUGUACUGAUCAACAAAGGCUUUGUUGCUCAAAUUAUUUCUUUUUCAAAAUAUCAGUAUAUCUCUUGCUGCCCAUGAAGUGAAGUGUACACGAUACUUCCAUUCUCCCCCCCACCCCCCACCCCUUUUCUUUACUUCUGGUUAUUUGCUUCAAACUCAUGAUAACUCAAACUGUUUUUGAUUUCCCUUGAAGUUAUCAAGAGUUGACUGUCCAUGUAAAUGGCUACUGACUUAUGAUGAUUUAAUAGUAAAAAUGAUCAAAUUUAGAGGUAGUAUAUCCACAUAUACACGUAGUGGUUCUUUGUCUACCUGAUUCCUGGUUGGAUUGGAAUCAGCAACAGUUUCUGCAACACCCCAUAAAUCUUCAUAUUUCUAUUGCCUAACAUAAAGUCAACGUUUUAUUGUAGGUGAAGGCAGACAUUCUGUCCUUAUCUGGUGUUCCUUGUAGAUAUCAGUGCUGGACAGGCUGGCCUGAUCACGUCACGGAUGAUGUAAGGCAACACUUUGGCUUAGCUACCCUUUAUUUAAUACUAGGGCCAAUAAUGAAAUCAGUAUUAUGAGCCAACUACAGCUGUAAGUGACCAAAUACAUCAGUGAACAGAAAAAACGUCUUUUGUGGUACUAGCCAGUGGCUAUGCGUACAGUACUAUGUAAGUUUUUUGGUUGUAGCUGUUGUAGUUCAAUUUUACUCAUGGUACAAAUUGUCUUUGUACUGGCACAAUUAUUUUUAAACUGGUACAAAAAUAUUAUAAUUAUUAUUGAUCCAGUACAUUUGUUUCGCAAGUUAUGAUUUGUACAAUGUAUCCUUUUCAGAUGUCCCUUGCCGAUGCAAAACUGUCUUUUCCAGUCCACAGUUUAACAAUGAAAAGAAGUGGUGAAGAUACAUCACAGGAAUGUAAAAAGGUACACGUUAGACUGCAUAACUAGUGUUGCAAUAUUAUGUGCAGUAGAGAACCUGUGCAAUCCAAUUCAGGAGAAUGACCUUAAAUUCUUCUUGAAGAACAGGCAACCAAGAUUAUCGAGAAUUACAAUAUAUUUUCUCCUGAAUGUAUUGCUAAUCUACUGCAUGGCAGUAUUUUGUGUGAUUUCCCUAAAAUAAGCCACUGUGACAAUUCAUAUUAAUGUAAUUUCAUUUUCUACAUCUUAACUUUAGACUACCUCAAAAACAAGACAUGCAGAUGUAGACAUGGAUACAAAUGAUGAUAGUAGCGACAAUGAAGAUCCCUCUUUUCACAUGGAUGAUGAAGAAAUGUUUUGCGAUGUUCCAGCCGCAAGAAGACAAAUAAGCAAUAUGUGUAGGUAGACGGCAAGCUAAUGAUAAGUUAAGUCUAAGGGACAGUCAAUUCUCUCUUAGCAGACACCUCUAAAAGACAGCCACGUUCCUAAAACGGACACCCAGGGAUUGUACCUGCCUUUUGUUACUCCUGUUAGUUGACUCUCUAUAAGAUGAACAUCCCUCUAAGGCAGGCACGUAGCACUGGUCCCAAAGGUGUCCAUCUUAGAAAGAGUUGUGCAAUUGAUGCUACGAAAAUGAAGCUGUGUUUUUACAGUAAAUGGCCGAGGAGGGCUAGCUCUUGUAAUUAUUCUCCAUAAUGCUGCUGAUCACUAUGGUUGUGUAAGUACACAUACAUGUAACUUACAUGGAUAGAUGAACACCACUGGAACCAACCCUCAGUGCCAUCUAAGAGAGAUAACUCAUCUUGUGUACAUGUAGAGUUACAAGAAAGGAGUAAAGAAAGGCAGGGAACAAAUCUAGGUGUUCAUUUUAGGGAGGUGGCUUUCUUUCAGAGGUGUCUGUUAAAAGAGAAAUGACUGCACAGCACAAUGUAAUGUGAAAUUUGGGUUGGUAGAAAGUAUUUUUUGUCAUACAACUGGCUCAUGAUAUUGUUUCUUUGGAUGUCUGUGUGUCAUGUUUGUACGGUCACCUCUCUCCUUUUGGACACCCCUAUAAUAGGGACACCUCCCUAAAAUGGACACCUAAGGAUCACUGUCAACUUUGCUCCAGUCAUGAGACUUUGUAAAUUUGUAUAAGAAAGACAUGUCUCUAAGAUGGACACCAGUUCAAAAAGGAUCCAUCUUGGAGAGAGUUGACGGUAACAGGGAACAUUAUAGUUGUCUCAUUUGAUGGCUCUGUGUUGUGAAUGUACACUGUACACUCUAUGUUGCCAUUCUAACUGUAGAUUGUAUCUUCUCUUUAAAGUGGAAGAUAAUUGUACAGAUACUGCAGAAGCAUUAGUCAAGUUUACUACUCAGUUUGAAGAAAGGUAAGUCGUACAGUUGUAAAUAAAUCAUCUUGCUCUUAAAAAGUAAGCUUUCAGACGUUUGGACCUUUUAGAUUGCACCCGAAUAUUCCCAAAUUUUUAUGUAGAAUGGAAAAACACAAUAAUUUAUACCGUGUAUAUAUAUUUUUGAUUUUUUAUGAAGCUUGACUCAAAGGUACCUGUUACCUUCGUGAAUGACAGCAGUGAGUUUAUAUGAAAAUCUUGAAAAUCGAAGAUCUUGCUCGCUGGAUCUUGAAUUUUCAGCUUCUUUAAAACAAGGUCUAGAAUUUUAACCCUGACUCUAGACUCUAGAGCUUUUUUUAAAAUGCCAGCACACCGUGAGCAGCUGGCAACUCACAUGCACAUUUAUUCUGAUUGAUUAUCAGAUAUGGUGAAACACACCCGUAUUUUUACAUGGGUCCACUUACUGAAGCCAUCAAGGAGGCAGGAGGAGCUUCAGCUAAAGAGGUAAAUAACAAUAAAACAGUCAAGAGGAUUCUCAAUGGUUAGUAGUCACCUGUUUACAAUGUAGUUUUGCGUGAUUGAAUUUGGAGAUGAUGAGUGUGUAGAACAUAAGAGACCUUUAUAUUGGAGGACAUGGACGUCGACGAUGAUGAUACAAUGUAAUUAUCGAACUUAAAAUAUUCUCAAAAAGUAGAAGCCCCGGAAAGCGUCUUUGUACUUUUUUUCGCCAGAAAACUUAGCAUUGUCAUUUUUAUCGAAUGUGGUAAGCCCUCUCCCGAUGACAAAAUGAUAAAAGUUCUAACAGUACGACAUUCUUGCUAGAACUCGUAGUAGAAUGAUGACAGCUAUCACGUUUUCCCGCCAAAAUGACGCUGAUUCACACGUGCGCGCUCAUCUACCAGGGUCGUGAUACAGCAAAAAAACUCUUUAUUUUAACACCAGACACAGGCAGGUUUUAUGCACGCGACCCCUGGUGUUAUUCUUUGCAUUUGAUAUCUACAUGUGAUAGUACAGCUUUACUAAUAAAAUUGCUUUGUUAUGAAUCUUAGAGAAGACCUUUGCUCAUAUACCUUCACCAUGAUGGUAGCAUCUUAACAAAUGUAUUUUGUAGGUAAGUAUCAAAUGACGUUGUGUAGUUAAUUUUUUAGGACUCUUUCAGCAACCGCGUUGAUGAUGGUGCCGCGUGAAGCAAUGAUCUGUUUUGUGCCAUUGUCCCUGCCUUCUAUAUAAAGCCGAAAACUUCCUUUUCAGUCUGUUCCCAUUAGAUACUUGUUCUCCCUUUCCUUCGCUCUCUAGAAAUGGGAUGUAGGAAAGUUAGGAUAGGAACGGGUAACUGUGAAACAUUUUCAAUAGCCAGUGUCCCCUCUUCCUCUCCUCCAUCCCCUCCCCCACCCCCUUCAGUCUGUUCCCAUUUAAUACUUGUUCUCCCUUUCCUUCGCUCUCUAGAAAUGGGAUGUAGGAAAGUUAGGGUAGGAACGGGCAACUAUAAAACAGUUUCAAUAGCCAGUGCCCCCCUCUUCCUCUCCUCCAUCCAUCCCCCCCCUUCAGUCUGUUCCCAUUAGAUACUUGUUCUCCCUUUCCUUCGCUCUCUAGAAAUGGGAUGUAGGAAAGUUAGGAUAGGAACGGGUAACUGUGAAACAUUUUCAAUAGCCAGUGUCCCCUCUUCUUUUCCCCCACCCCACUCCCCGCACCAGAAAUUCCUGGAUUCGCCAUUAAAAAUGCACCGCAAGAAACUGCUGAUCAAUACGGAGCUUAAGUUCUGACUGGACGCUCUUAUUAGUUUUCAUUUAAAACUGUGCAGCCUGCAUGCCUUCCCUUUUUAAAGUAUUUUAUAUUUUUAUUUUCUUUUUGUAGUCAACUGAUUUGUUCGGAAACGAUAGUAAACUACAUCAGCGGUAACUUUGUCGUGUGGGCGUGGGACAUGACUCACAACUCUAACAGAGCAAGGUGUGUGUAUAAACUGUUUCAUUCCCGUUUUGCGGGAGAUCCCGAGCUGGAAAGACAGCUCCAUCUUCAUCCCUCGGACAACCAUUCACUACAGCUAAAACUUUUCUUCAUCUUGGUCCCGUGUGCCGCCAGUCACUCUAAAUGAAUAUAAUAGAAUAACUGUUCCAUCGACAUUGAUCUCUAUUUUCCUCGCAUUAAAGCUUGGUGUCUACAUGACUUACCUGUAAAAACCUGCAGCGUUCUGCGACGUAAUCGGAAGCUGUCGACGUCAGACGUUUUCAGAACAUCCUAGACCCUACAGACAAAUGUUCCCAUUUAUUUCAGUGAUCGCAAACAUGCCUUGUUUGUUUGACUCGAUUUUAGUGCGAACAAGGCGCCAAGCAGAUGUCUGUGUCGUAACGCAGACCGGGCGACGAUCUUGUCCCAGAUCAUAUGGAAAUCAGACUUUGUCAUCCAUAUAACCGUGUUUUUUUUUAAUUAUGAAGCCUUCACAUUUCCCUUAUCCAUUCACCCUUUCCUAUUGUUUCGUUCUGCUCCAGGUUCCUAGACAUGGUUACGCAACACUUUGGCAGUGUAGCAGCGAGUACUGUGCGGGGGUUUGUGGCCGAGCAGUUUCCGCUUUUAAUAGUUGGUAUGAGGAAUAGAUCGGCCAUGGAAAUAUGUUCAGUCCUUCAAGGUAAGAAAUGUUUACAAGGACAUAUUAUUUCUCAUGGAAAUUUAAGUACAGUCUUUUUUAACCACCGCAGGGUUAGCUUGACCGGAGAGUAUCGGUCUUGUGACAUGGUGUUCAAGGGUUCGAUCCCCAGUCGCACCAGUCCUUACUCAGAGUAUAAGAGCUCUUUGAAAUCACCUAGAGAGUAAAGUUCUAUUUUACUAUUUUUCACCAGAAACGUUAGCGCUGUUAUUUUUAUCCCGAUCGCAAAAUGUUAAAACCUCUAACAACUGAUAACUUGUCCCCGACACUACGAUAUUUGCGCUGAAACUUGUAUUAUAGUGACAACAGCCAAAAUGAGACUGGUUCACGCGCGCGCACUACUUAGUAUUGAGGAAAUUUCGUUCUCGCAGUCUUUCUGAAACCUGGUUAGCGCUAACCGUUGGUUAAGAGGUAUCAAAAUGUAUAGGUUUCCAUGGUAUUUAACGCUGGUUAGCACUAACCAUGCUUCGAGCAACCCGGGCUAAUAAAAUACUAACUAUGGUCCAAGUCGCUUUCUUUGCUCUACAAACAAUUUCACGUCACUCGAAUGAGACCGUACGAAUGGCAUAAUUUCCCUUUAAAUUGAUGGCGUAAAACAGUCCUCGCUUUGACCUCGGUAAUUCCAUGUUGUAGAAUACAAUACUUCCUCAAAAUUGCGCUUAAUACAAGUGUUUCCCCGUUUUUGAACAGCUAUGUUGGUUGUAGAUUCAGUUUUGAGAGCUGAGGUUUUGAGGUUGUAUCGUGUAACCCCAUGUUACCUUUUCUAUUGUGUACCAGGCUCAGUUACUCUUGAUGAGCUCAUGACGGGUCUCAUGAGCGCGCAUGAGACAUUUCAACAAGCCAUGGACAUCGAAAUUAGAGAAGAGGUAAACAGGCGCUAAACUUGCUUCUAAAAACUGAGCAUUAGGUCUCUACCUGCCUUGCAAGAAUCAUUGAACAGUCUGGAAAUUACAUUGUCGCGCAGGGAUACAUUUUUCUGUCAGUUUUCUUCCCUAGAUUCAGCCGCACAAGGAUGGUUAUUGGGAACAUAACAAGUGAACAGGAAAUAAAAUUGUACGAAGAGUAGGGUCGAACUUUGGUGAUCCAACUGUAGUGAUUGUGGUGUUUUGGAUCGGUUGUCGCUUAUGGGAGGUAGUCGUACAUUGAGGUUCGACUAUAUUUUAAAUAAUAACCGCAUUGUAAAACUUUCAGCAAGAGACUAACGAUCACCUGUUGUUUUUACAGGAAGAAAGAGAGGCUAGAGAAAUGGUGAAGAGAGAACAAGAUGAGGCAUACCAGGCCUCGCUCCGCCAAGACAGGGCCAAGGUUAGGUUUCAACUUUGUUCUGACAAUUUCCUAUCAAUAAUAAAAAGACAACCAAUGUAAAGAGGCUGCUCAGAACCUCUACGUAAAAUGGUAACACAUAACAUUCACGAAUGCAGAUUUACAUAGUUCAUACACUUAGUAGGCCGCAAAUAUUUUGAUUUUGAGCAGUUUUCCCAUGUCAGGUGUUGCGCAGCGUUCCUUUAUCUCACCCUUCAAAACCUCAAGAGUGAUCAGCAUCAAUUUUCUUCUAACAAUAUCAAUACGUAAUCAAGUGAGCAGGUGAUAAGAAUUAAUAAAAUGAUCACCUAAGUAAAAAUGCUUUGUCUAACAAAUUCUCUCAACUAGUUUUUCAAGGACAUUUAUGAAGAUCAGUAUUGAGAAUUUGUAUGUGGACAUUGGGGAUUAAAUGGUUCAAAACUUUAUUUAUUGCACAGGAAGAGGAGAAAAAAAGACAAGAAAAAGAAGAACUGCUCUCAAAGAAACUACACGAAGAACAAGCUUUACAUGAAGCCCAGCUUAAAGAGGUAAGCUCACUGCAUCUGAUUUAGAAUCAGAUUCAGUAUUGGAGAAUAUGGUGACUUUGAAGGUUGCUCAUAUACUUAUUUAUUUGUUUGUUUGUUUGCAGGCACAACGAUUAUCCCUUAUGGAUCACCUUCCUGCAGAGCCCGGGUCCGAAUGUACCGAUCCAGUUUCCAAUCUUCGGUUUCGACUUCCCGACGGAAAAACCGUAACAAGAAGAUUCCUUGCUAGUAACCCACUUCAGGUGAGAUUUGUUUUCACUGCCUAGGAAGCCAACUGAGCAACAUUUACACAGUACAGUUAAGACAAGUACAUCUCACGAUCUCAUCUAAUAACUGCCUUGUACGGCUGAAAUAAAUAAUGAAACUUCUCCAGAAGAAAGUAUUGCUGUGAAUUUAUCCACAGAAAAUCUUAGAACCACAUUGCACUGCAUUUUAAGGCUGACAUACACUUUCUUUUCUCGCAGGUUGUUUUAACAUUUGUUCAGACGCGAGGAUUCUUAGACAGUGAAUAUAAAGUGGUUACGAAUUUCCCUCGGAGAGACGUAAGUAUGACUUAGAGACUUUUUGCCACAGUAUCUAGAAGCCUGAUUAUUGCUUCUUUUGCUGCACUGUUGUAAACCAUUGUACUCGAACCUUUAUUACCAACGGAAAAUACCUUUUUUUAAAUUUUUUUAUAUUUUAUUAAUAAUAACUAAAUUACAACACAAACAAAACAAUCAAAAAAAGGUUAAAAGGAAAGUACAGUUCGACUACCUAAGAAAGACAGGAGCAAUAAACGAACGUUGAUUGUGUACUAUCAGUCAGAUAUAUCUAGUUAAAUACAAGAUUUCAAAAUAUUUUUUGGCAUUUGACCGUCAACGAAAAAUACCUUGAAAACGCGCAUGACUGAGGCUGUGUUCACACGGAACACAGACGAAUUUUCGACUGGUUCAAACUUCGUGUUUUUGGAUGUUGAGUUUACACGGAGCCACACUAAGCGUAUAAAAAUUUAGACGCCCAGCCGUAUAAAAAUUUAAAGGCCAAAAACGAGAUUAAACUUUUUGCUGGUAUGGUCGAAAAUUGGUCUGGCGUGGUGUGAACACCUUGAUCGUCUGUAUUUUUGUACGGCAGAGGCUUGGUUGCGUGGUGCGUGGUACCUCAGCUGGAAAGCAAAAUUCCCCACCUCGAGGGAGAAUGGGUACAAGCUUUGGGCGCAGUGCUUUUUGGGAUCGUUCGGGUGGACAAGCGCUUGUUAUGAUUGGUCGAUGGUUUUCAAGGCAACUAUUAGCCAGUCGUAAGGCUUGUCCACCCACACGAUCCCAGAAUUCGUUGCCCCGAAAGCUUGUACCCAUUCCCCUUAUAAUUUCUUGAGUGCAGAAUUUUGGAUUUGCUUAUGACUCGUCUUUCGUUAUCGCAAAAAUAAUUACAUUUCGUUUUAAUUUUUUUCAGCUUACGGCGUUGGAUGCAACACAAUCGCUACAGACUGUUGGACUUUAUCCCCAAGAGACCAUUUUUGUUGAAGAGCGCUAG